AUGGACACAUCAAGACCAAGCGUUGCUGACGCCAGGGUGGAUGAAUUAUGGGCGACUCUCGACACGCGCAAACAAGGCCACCUUGACCUUGCAGGCCUGAAGAAGGGUUUGCGCAAGCUGGAUCAUCCCUUGAAAAAUGCCGACCAGCUUCUGGACGAGGUGAUGCAGGCUGUGGAUAUCGAUGGAAAUGGAAGAAUCACAUAUAAUGAAUUUCGUACCUUUGUGCACGAGACAGAAAAAGAGCUCCUCCAAUUAUUUCGCUCCAUCGAUUACAAUCGCGACGGAAAGAUAUCCCGAGACGAGCUGCGCUCCGCCUUGAGGUCCGCUGGGCUCACAGUACCCAACACCAAUCUUGACAAAUUCUUCUCUGAAGUCGACACCAACAACGAUGGGGUUAUUAGCUUCGAAGAAUGGCGGGACUUUCUUCUAUUCAUUCCGGCCAAUGCGCCCUCUCUUCACGCCGUCAUGUCGUACUUCUCUGCCACCAUGAAAAUGAACCAAGAAGGAGAUGUUGCCAUAAGCGACGAUGUAAUCCAAGGCCUAGGUACUGCACAGCGUUUUCUUCGUUUUUUCUUCGGUUCCCUUUUUCUUGUAGCGCGUACACCGCCCUACAGUCCCCUCCCACAAGAUACCGUCCCACUCGAAUUGGCGUCACCUUCCACUUCGACGCUUGCCACUCAAGUUACCCUCCCGCCACGAUCUGAGGACGAGGAGAGUACCUCUCCUCUACAAGAGAUACGGGCAGGACUUAUAGAGAGCUUAGGAACCAUGCUGAUUGCUUGUGUUCCCAAUCCAGGCUACUUCGUGGCGGGAGGCGUUGCAGGCAUUGUUUCUCGCACCUCUACUGCACCCCUCGAUCGUUUGAAAGUCUACCUCAUAGCUCAGACCAGCGUGGCCGAAGAAGCUGUCAUUGCUGCCAAGCACGGCCAAAUCGUCAAAGCUGCUCUGAACGCUUGGAGACCACUUGCAACCGCCACCAAAGAGCUAUGGCAGGCUGGCGGUAUGCGUAGUUUAUAUGCUGGCAACGGCUUGAACGUCGUCAAGGUCAUGCCUGAAUCAGCCAUCAAAUUUGGCUCUUAUGAGGCAACAAUCAUACAUUCGUGGUCCAAGUUUGUCUCUGGAGGCCUUGCCGGCAUGGUGUCACAAUUUGCCGUCUACCCCAUCGACACUCUGAAAUUCCGCAUGCAAUGCGAGACAGUCUCUGGCGGCUUACGUGGUAAUCGCUUGAUCUGGGCCACAGCAAAGAAAAUGUGGCAAAGUGGUGGAGUUGUGGCGUACUAUCGAGGUCUGCCGAUGGGUAUCGUUGGCAUCUUCCCAUAUGCAGCCCUUGACCUGGGUACAUUUGAGUACCUCAAACGUUACGUCGCUCGCCGCAACGCGAAGCGACUUGGCUGCCACGAAUCAGAUGCCGAACCAGGUGGUUUUAUGACGGCAGCCAUUGGUGGAUUCUCUGGCGCUUUCGGCGCAAGUGCCGUCUACCCGCUGAAUCUUUUGCGAACUCGACUACAAAGCCAGGGUACCGUCUUACAUCCAAGGACGUACACUGGUAUCAUGGAUGUCACUCGUCAGACUAUAGCCGGAGAAGGUGUAAGGGGACUUUUCAAAGGCCUUACACCGAACCUACUCAAGGUUGUUCCUGCCGUCUCGAUAACAUAUGUCGUGUACGACAAGUCCAAAAAGGCAAUCGGUUUACCAUGA